AUGGCAGCUGGUAUUCUUGAUUCACUCAAUGAUAUAAAUUAUAAUGGUGAAAUAAAGGAUGAAAACAAAUUAGAAGAAGUUCUUAAUUCAAAUUUGAAAUCUGUGCAAUUUCUUCCAUAUACAAAAUUAAUUGCAUGGUUAACACAAGAAUUAAAUGGAUUUUAUUCGAUAGGCGAAUUUGUUCAAGUGAUCAAUUCGAUCAAUGAUAUAAAUAAUUUUUUAAUUGAACUUGGUGGAUUUCUUCGAGAUUACGGUUGUCCUUAUCGAAAUCUUCUUGAUAAUGAAAAUAGAUUAAAUGAUCGUUUAUCACGGAUACAAUUAUUAGACUUUCUUUGCACGGAAAUUCAAGCUGCGAAAAUGAAUAAAUCUUUCAAAAGAGAUAUAAUAACGAAUGGAACAGAUACUUCAACGAACAAAAAGCAGUAUGAAAGUGAUGAAGCUCGAGAUUUAAAAGCCUUACUUAUGGCACUUGGCUUUCCUCGACCACCUGCUGGUAUAACAGCAGCACAAGUUUGUACAAAAGUUCAUACUAAAGUUAGCGAAUUAUUAAAAACUUUAUCACCAAAAUAUAUGGGUCAACCAUUAUUACACACAAAUAUGUCAGAAAAUCAAUGGAAUCAGAUACAUAAAAUAAAUAAAAUCUUAUAUGGAGAUUAUAAAACACGACGAGAAUUAUUAUUAAAACGUCUUGAUGUUACAAUUCAAUCAUUUAAAUGGGCUGAUCGAUUAAAGGAUAAAAACGAUGAAAUUUCUAAUGCUUUUAUGAGUAAACGUAAAGCUCUAUCAGCUGAACCAAAUGUAAAAAUUGAAGAUAUUAUGGCUGCUCGUGAUGAUUUAUGUCAUAUGGAGAAAACAUGUGGUACAAAAGAAAUGGCAUUAACACGAUCAAAACUUCAUAAAAUUCUUAUUCCUAAAGUACCUGAUCGUGGUGGACGAACAACAGAAUUAAGCGCCCCACCUCCUGACAUGCCAUCAUUUCAACGAGGAGGUUCAGCACAUCACGCUGGUGGUGGACGUCGUGGUGGUGGCGGUGGUGGUCAUCAACAUCAACAUCAUGAACAACGAAAUAAUUUUAAUGGUCAACGAGGAGGUGGUGGUGGCGGAUGGUCAGGACGUGGUGGAGGAGGUAAUUUUAAUGAAAGACCUUAUUCUGGUGGUGGUGGUGGUGGUGGUUAUCAACAAAUGCAGUAUGGUAUGAUGGAUCCUUCUAUGCAACAAUAUCCACAAAUGGGUUAUCAAGGUCAACAACAAAUUGUAAAUGAAUAUGCUGGAAUGGAUUAUGGAACAAAUUAUGGUGGACGUGGUCGCGGAGGAGGACGAGGUGGACGUGGUGGUCGACGACCUUAUUAA